ACACAAGUCAGCCCUUUGCUACUUGCAACGAAAACGAAGUCGUUUUGAGUUUGGUCGUGCAUUGCGGUCGCUUCUUGCAAGAUCAUUUUUUGUGCCAGCCCAAACAACGAUCAGAAACAAUGAUCGGAGGCGUGGAGAAAAUGUUGGCAGUCGGCCUAAUCUGGGGCGCCACCAACGCUGCAAUGCGCCGCGGCGCACUCCUGUGGGACCAAUCUCUCAAAUCCAGUCCACCCCCUUGCGAUCCACCCCACAAACUCCACCAAAAGCUUCUCUAUUCCUUAUCCAAUUGGCUGACCCUCCUUUUCUUUUGGCAAUACUCCCUCCCUUUCCUCAUCAACCUCUCCGCUUCCGCCACCUUCUUCGCUAUCUUAAGCCAGGCCCCAAUUUCGCUGGCCGUCCCCGUCACCAAUGCGACGACGUUUGCUGCCACCGCCGUGUUUGGAAUCCUACUGGGUGAGGAAACCCGGGUCGGUCAUGCACUAUUGGGUACGGGUUUUAUUGUUUUGGGUGUUUGGCUUUGUAUCACGUGAUCUGCAAGUGAUUUGCUCUCUUUUUUUUAAUUUUUUCUUUUAUUAGUACAUAAUUUUAUUAUUAUGUAGAACAAUUCUGUGAGAAAUAGUGUUAUGUGUUAGUUAUUUA